AAAAUGUUUCAAAUCAUCUCCUAUGACCUAAAUUUGAGACGAUCGUCGGCCACGGCCGUUCUCUAAAAUAAUUUAAAUUCAGAAUUCUCACGCGAUGAGACUCACUCUUCUUCUUCGCGAAACCAUUUCUCAAGUCCAGAAACUCAUAAAAGACGAUUUGAAUGUUUUGAAAAUCGAUAAAUACUUGGUGAACAUAAAAGCAGGUUCUGGAGGUUCUGGAUUGUCAAGGUACAACGGAGUCGGUGGAAAUGGAGGAGACAUUUACUUUGUUGCAAAACCUUCACUUGCAUUCACAGAUAUCAAAAAACGACUUAAAAACAAAAUGAAAAUACGAUCAGAAAACGGCGAAGCAGCCACUAAAAUCAUGUUGAUUGGACAACACGCGAAGCAUCAAUUUUUCGAUGUUCCAGUUGGGAUUGAAGUUGUUGAUCGAGAGAAAAACAAGCUAAUUGCACGUUGCUCCAAACCUUUCCAUCGAUAUCUUAUUGCACGCGGAGGUGAAGGUGGAUACUCUAAAAUCGGUUAUAAAGGUUCGAAAGGUGACACCUUUGACGUGGAAAUUCACUUAAAACUGCGGCCGAAUAUUGGAUUACUUGGAUUCCCAAAUGCUGGAAAGUCAACACUUUUGAAGGCUUUGGUUCCAGAAAAAUCUGUUAAAAUUGCGGAUUAUGCUUUUACAACAGUUAAUCCGCAAGUAGCAUUUUUUAAAAAUAAAGAAGAAUUUAGCGUUGAAGACCCAUCGUUCACUCUCUCUAUUGCCGAUUUACCUGGAAUUAUCGAAGGUGCAUCUAUGAAUCGAGGCAAGGGAUACAAGUUUCUGAAACAUUUGGAAUAUGCUGAUAUUGUUGUUAUGGUUGUUGAUUGUCAAGGAUUUCAGUUGAAAAAUGAACUUGAUUGCCCUUUUAGAAACCCGCUGGAAUCAAUUGCUCUUUUAAAUCGCGAAGUGGAACUCUAUAAUCAAAAAUUAGCAAGAAAACCUGUAAUAUGUGUAUUAAAUAAAAUUGACGCACUCGAUGAAAAUGAAAAAACCAAUAUCUCAUCUCUUGCUAAAUCUCUUCAAUCUCAAAAAUGGAUCGAUAUGGUGCCUGAAGAGAUGAGGCCGAAGAUACCGAUGAGAUUCGAACACGUUGUGCAACUCAGUGCUAGAAGUGGAAAAAUCGACGAAUUUACGAAUGUUCUGAAGUUAAUGAGGCACCAUCUUCAUGCUUUGAAAGAUGUACAAGAUAAUCCAGAAAACACAAAACAUGUUAAAAAGAGAUUUCUAUAAAUUACUGUUCUUCGAUAAUUAUAAAUUUAGUUGUUUCUGUUUAUUUUGUAUCAAUUUUUAACAAUGGUUUUAUUCAUAAAUGUUCUCUUUU